CAUUGUGAAACAUGUGCUUGUAGAAAAUUGUAUUAAAAUAAUUUAUAUGCAGAAUUUGAAUAUUUUUAUUUCUACCCUUUUUAAACAAUAAUUUAAUUUUUUUAAAGAAUAACUUAUUCGAUUUUUGAAAUUUAUAUUUUUUUAAAUAUCUUAUUUAACCUAUAAAAGAUUAAAUAAUAUAUUAUUUACGAAAUUUUAUGCUAAAUAUUACUUCUAUUAUAUUAACUUCUAUUAUAUUAUUUUAAUAUAUAAAUAAAUUCUGUGUAAAAAAAUUACAAUAAAUUAAAUAGUAACUGUAAUGACUUAUGAAAUAAUAAUAAUGACUUAGUGACUAAAGUUUUGUAAAUUGGUAUUUUUACAUACUAUUAUCAUGGGUACAUAUAAAAACUAUAUGAAAUUAUUGGAAUCUUGGCCAUUAGAUAAUACAAAACCUGGCAGAGAUUUGGCUCAACAUAUUCGUGACCAAAUAAAACUUGCAUUUGCAAAAGGUGAAGCUAGUGAAAUAAAUCGUGAACAAUGUGAUCGUUAUUAUACGAGUUUAAAGAGAAUUUGUUCUAAUCAUUAUGGACAAAUUUAUAUUCGAAAAUUUCCAAGUACAGCUAGUGGAUUAACAAAAGAACAGUGCAAUUUAAUUCUUACACCGGAAGCAUUACAAUAUUUUGAAGAAAAACAAGAAGGAAUCUUUUCACGUACAUUUUCAAGAUUAUUCAAGAAUGUUAUUAAAAAAAAUGAAUGAUAUGAUUCAUAUACGUAGAUAUUAUGGCAUGAAAUAUUUAAGUAGAAAUAUAUAUUACUUAUUUCGGAAACAAAAUGAUAUAAUAUACUUAAAAAAUAAUAGAAAAUAUAGUAAAAUAGUAAAUGAAAAUAAUAAUAAUAUUGAAAAUGCAUCUCACAUACCAGUAAUGAUUAAUGAAGUAUUACAUUAUUUAGAACCAUCACCAGGAAAAAUUUUUGUGGAUAUGACAUUUGGUGCUGGUGGACAUUCUAUGAAAAUUCUGGAAUCCUCUCCUAACAUAAAAAUAUUUGCAUUGGAUAGAGAUCCUAUUGCACAUCAAUAUGCAUUAAAAUUAUCAGAAAAAUAUCCUGAACAAAUAAUACCAUUAUUAGGAAGAUUUUCUGAAUUACCACAACUGCUUUGUAAAUAUAAGGUAAAUGUAAAUAGCAUAGAUGGUUUUUUAUUUGAUUUUGGUUGUUCAUCUAUGCAACUUGAUGUUGGUGAAAGAGGAUUUUCUUUAUCAAAAAAUGGGCCUUUGGAUAUGAGAAUGGAUGGAUUUAGAUAUCCACAAGAACCUACAGCUGCUGAAGUUUUAAAAGAAAUAACAGAAGAAGAUUUAGCUUUUAUUUUAAAGAUUUAUGGUAAUGAAAAAUAUGCUAAAAAAAUUGCACGUGCCAUUAUAGAAACUCGAUAUACUUUUAGAAAUUUAAAAACUACACAAGAAUUAGCUCAGCUCAUUGAAUCUGUGAUUCAAGAAAAAAGACUUGAUCAACUUGGUAGAUUUACUCAUUGUGCAACAAAAACAUUUCAAGCAUUAAGAAUUUUUGUAAAUAAUGAAUUAAAUGAGAUUAAUUAUGGUAUUGUUAUUGCUGGAUUUUAUUUAAAAACCAAUGGUCGUUUAAUAACAAUAUCUUUUCAUUCUCUGGAAGAUACUAUUGUUAAAAGACAUAUGUCUGCAAAUAUAACAGAAACUGUAGCUAAUAAAAUACCAUUAAAAUUUUCAGACUAUGGCAAAUAUUAUACUCUAACUGAAAUGAAAGCUUUCAAUCGAAUUCCAUGGAAAAUGUUACAUAAACAUGUAAUAACACCUACACAAGAGGAAAUAAAUAAAAAUCCAAGAUCACGUUCUGCAAAAUUACGAGCACUUGCUAAAGUGAUUUAAUUAUUAAUCAAAUUAUUAAUCAAAUUAUCAAAGUUUAUAAAUAUAAAACAUUUUUCAUCUCAAA